UUGAAAGUACAGAACAAGAAAGAAGCAAUAACACGAAGUUUACACUCAUUCAACCAUACUUUUUUCAGAAGAAAUUUUAGAAAAUAUUUACUUUUUCUAUGUAUAGCGGCGUCUCUCCAGGAUUAUUGCGUAUUAUGCAGGCAACCUCGAUAUGGAGACUUAUUGAAUGUAAUCCCAUCUUAUUAUACAAAAAAUUUUUAA